AUGGUCGGCUCCCACGGGGACAUGGCGCCUGCCUCCACUGCUGAGGGGGCCGGGGAGAAGCCCGGCCCCGCGGCCCCUGCCCCUGCGGCCCAGUAUGAGUGCGGGGAGUGCGGCAAGUCAUUCCGGUGGUCCUCCCGACUCCUGCAUCACCAGCGCACGCACACAGGCGAGCGGCCCUACAAGUGCCCAGACUGCCCCAAGGCCUUCAAGGGCUCUUCGGCCCUGCUUUACCACCAGCGGGGCCACACGGGCGAGCGGCCCUACCAGUGCCCCGACUGCCCUAAGGCCUUCAAGCGCUCCUCUCUGCUGCAGAUCCACCGCAGUGUGCACACGGGCCUGCGCGCCUUUAUCUGCGGCCAGUGUGGCCUGGCCUUCAAGUGGUCGUCCCACUACCAGUACCACCUAAGGCAGCACACAGGCGAGCGGCCCUACCCGUGCCCGGACUGCCCCAAGGCCUUCAAGAACUCGUCCAGCCUCCGGCGCCACCGCCACGUGCACACGGGUGAGCGGCCCUAUACCUGCGGCGUCUGCGGCAAGAGCUUCACGCAGAGCACCAACCUGCGGCAGCACCAGCGCGUGCACACGGGCGAGCGGCCCUUCCGCUGCCCGCUCUGCCCCAAGACCUUCACCCACUCCUCCAACCUGCUGCUGCACCAGCGCACCCACGGCGCUGCCCCCGCCCCGGGCCCCCUGGUGUACCGCUGCGACGGCUGCGAGCAGGGCUUCGGUAGCGAGGAGCUGCUCGUGGAGCACCAGCCAUGCCCCGGGCCAGAGGUGGCGCCCCAGCCCCAGGACACACCCGCUGAGACGCCGAAGGCCGACCCCCCGCCGUCCCCUCUGCCACAGCCCCCGCCUGCCGCUGCCACACCCGCCCCGGGCUUCGCCUGCCUCCCAUGCGGGAAGUCCUUCCGGACUGUGGCCGGCCUCUCCCGCCACCAGCACAGCCACGGGGCGGCCGGCGGACAGGCGGGACAGGCGUUCCGCUGCGGCAGCUGCGACGGCUCCUUCCCGCAGCUGGCCAGCCUCCUGGCACACCAGCAGUGCCACGUAGAAGAGGCGGCCGCCGGGCGACCACCCCCCCAGGCUGAGGCUGCCGAGGUCACCUGCCCCCAGGAGCCGCUGGCACCUGCUGCCCCCGCGCCUCCGCCACCCCCACCAGCCCCCGCUUCUACAGAGCGGCCCUACAAAUGUGCCGAAUGCGGCAAGGCCUUCAAGGGUUCCUCGGGGCUGCGCUACCACCUGCGGGACCACACGGGCGAGCGGCCCUACCAGUGCGGCGAGUGCGGCAAGGCCUUCAAGCGCUCCUCGCUGCUGGCCAUCCACCAGCGCGUGCACACGGGCCUGCGCGCCUUCACCUGCGGCCAGUGCGGCCUCACCUUCAAGUGGUCGUCCCACUACCAGUACCACCUGCGGCUGCACUCGGGCGAGCGGCCCUACGCCUGCGGGGAGUGCGGCAAAGCCUUCCGCAACACGUCGUGCCUGCGGCGCCACCGCCACGUGCACACGGGCGAGCGGCCCCACGCGUGCGGCGUCUGCGGCAAGAGCUUCGCCCAGACCUCCAACCUGCGGCAGCACCAGCGCGUGCACACGGGCGAGCGGCCCUUCCGCUGCCCGCUCUGCCCCAAGACCUUCACCCACUCCUCCAACCUGCUUUUGCACCAGCGCACCCAUUCGGCCGAGCGCCCCUUCGCCUGCCCCAUCUGCGGUCGCGGCUUCGUCAUGGCCGCCUACCUGCAGCGGCACCUGAGGACGCACGCCCCGGCCAACACGGCCCCCAGUACCGCAGCCCCCGCCGCCGGCCCCCAGCCCCCUGCCCCACUGGCUGUCGCCCCGGCUCCACCAGCCACCCAAGACGUCCACGUGCUCCCCCACCUGCAGGCCACGCUCUCCCUCGAGGUGGCCGGGGGCACGGCCCAGGCCUCGACCUUGGGCCCAGCAGCCCCCAACUCCCAGACGUUCCUCCUGGUGCAGACUGCCCAGGGCCUCCAGCUGAUCCCCAGCAGCGUCCAGCCCCCUACACCUCCGCCUCCACCCGCGCCUCCCAAGCUCAUUCUGCUGCCCCCCUCCACUGCUGGGGGUGGGAGCGGCAGUGCAAGGCAGGGCCCUCGGGCUGCAGGGAAAGCUGGUCAGGGGGCAGGAGUAGUAUGGCUGCCAGGCCCUGGGGGCCUGGGGGUGCAGGGAGGAAGCAGUGCAGGGGCCAGUGGUGGAGGGCAGAGCCUCAUUGUUCUGCAGAAUGUGGGGGGCGGGGAGGCAGGGCCCCAGGAAGUGAGUGGAGUUCAGCUCCAGCCUCUGCGGCCAGCCCCGGAAGUGACCACGGUCCAGCUCCAGCAGGCACAGGAGGUGACCACAGUCCAGCUCCAGCCGGCACAGGAGGUGACUGCGGUCCAGCUUCAGCCGGCACAGGAGGUGGCCACGGUUCAGCUCCAGCCCGUGGCGGGCCAGCUUUCCAAUUCCAGCGGGGGAGCUGUGACUGCCGAGGCCCCCAGCCUGCUGGUUGUUCAGAGUGGGGCAGCCGAGGACUUGCUCACGGGCCCAGGGCCGGGGGCGGCGGGGGAAGGUGAGGCCAGCACUGGUGUGGUCCAGGACGUCCUCUUUGAGACGCUGCAGACAGACGAGGGCUUGCAGAGUGUGCUGGUGCUGAGCGGGGCCGAUGGGGAGCAGACCAGGCUGUGUGUGCAGGAGGUAGAAACCCUUCCCCCCGGGCUGAGCGAGCCGCCUGCCCCCGGCCCGCCGGGACAGAAACUCCUCAUCAUCCGCAGCGCCCCAGCCGCUGAGCUGCUGGAGAACGGCAGCGUUGGAGGAGGCUCCGCCACGCUGCAGCUCCUGGCCCCACCGCCACCUGGUCCAGCCUCUGUCCCCGCGGGACUCCCCGCUGCUCCCACCUCCCAGAUGGUGCAAGUGGUCCCUGCCGGGGCUGGGCCCGGUGUCAUGACCCCGCAGGGUCUACCCUCCAUCCAGAUUGUCCAGACUCUACCCGCAGUCCAGCUGGUGCACACGUUUUGAGGAGAGCCGCUCUUCCCGCCCCACACAGACCCCUACUGUCAGCCUUGGGUGGGGGAACUGCAGGCUGGGCUUGCUAAUAAAGACCCAGAAUCUCCACUCC